ACUAGUUAGUUGGAAGAGUGAUGGUAUUCCAAGCACAAAAAUUGUUUUGAGCAAGAGCAGUGAUAUUGUUCUGUAGAGAGCGUUGCACACGAUGGGAUCCCAAACACAGUCUGAACUGCAUGUGGUGGACUUCACUGAUGCAACCAUGAAGCCUGGCACCGAUGCAUGGUUCUCAGCCUGCACUCAUGUGAGGGAAGCACUCGAACACAACGGUUGUUUUGUUGCACGAUAUGAUAGAAUUGGCAAGGAGCUUUCUGAUUCUGUGGUAUCUGCAAUGGAAGAGUUGUUUAGUCUCCCAGUGGAAACAAAAGCACAAAAAACCAGUGACAAACCUUUCCAUGGCUACUUAGGACAAGUCUCAUGGCUUCCCUUGUAUGAAUCUUUGGGCAUCGAUGACCCUCUCACCUUACAAGGCUGCCAAAAAUUCGCCCACAUAAUGGGGUUGCAGGGGAAUCAUCGUUUCUGUGAAAGCAUCAACGAGUAUGCUAAGUUGCUGGGAAACUUAGACCGUAUAGCAAAGAGAAUGGUGUUCGAGAGCUACGGUGUGAACAUGGAAGGAUGCAACCGCAUGAUAGAAUCAAGCGAUUAUCUGCUUCGGUGCAUGAAAUAUAAAACACCUGAGACGGAUGAAAAGGAUUUGGGAAUGCAUUCUCACACAGACUUAACCAUCGUAUCGAUAGUUCAUCAGCUGAAUAAUUUGAAUGGCUUGGAAAUCAAACUGAAGGAUGGAGAAUGGAUUGGGGUUGAUGCUUCUUCCUCCUUGUUUGUGGUUAUGGCAGGUGACGCAUUCAAUGUGUGGAGUAAUGGUAGAAUACGUCCAUGUGAACACAGAGUUACCAUGAAUGCAACGAAAACGAGAUAUUCUAUGGGACUGUUUUCUUUCAGUGGUGAUAAGAUUAUGCAGAUACCGGAUGAAGUAGUGAAUGAGCAGCAUCCCUUGCGUUAUAAAUCAAUAUUCGACCAUUAUGAAUACCUUCGUUUCUAUGAGAAAGAGAAAAUCAAAGACCCUUAUUCUCGAAUUGAAGCCUACUGUGGAAUCUCAUCCCUGUAAUAUGAACGAAGAUGGAAGUGUUCUUGCUUUUGUGUAUGAAUAAGUUGGAUUGCAUGCAUUGCUGCCUUUAUGUGUGUUACUUUUUUGUUGAUAAUUUGUGAAACCACUAUGAUAUAUGAUACA